GUAAAGCCCCCAGUACUGUACGUUCCGAGCUUUCACUGGCUCGGCCCCCUGAGCAGCAACUGGACGCUGACAUGGGCAGCUGUGGGCGCAACCCGCAGGUGGUCCGACAGGCCAAGCAUGAGAAGAUGAAGGAGAAGUACCGGCGGGACCCUGAUCUCGUCCAAUCGGCUCAGCUCUGGAACAAGGAACUAGUUGACAAGCAGCUCGGGUCUUUGUCCGCCGCCGCCCUGAAGAACUCCACUGGCUUGGGGUACAUACAGCGUGUUGAUAAGGGCCCGGAGGGCCUCAACCUCUCCCUUUUCACAGACGCGCAGGUACAGCUGUACGUCUUCCACCGCAAGCUAGGCCUCUGCUCCGUCCUGUACAUCGACAGCACGGGAAAGCUGGUCGCCAGCCUUGGGAAGGAGCCCGUCCUGAACACCUUCCUUUCAGUCGACAACCCGGCUAGCGCGGUCAGUGGUUACUUCUCCGGUGAUCAGCGACCUAGGCCCCUCAGGGUCGCUGAGGUGACCGGUACCCAGCGGAGCGAGGGUAUGUUGCACGGCACGCUGGAAGCGGUCUAUAAGGCUGCUGGCAAGCUCGCACCGCACGACCCCCACGCGCCAUACGCGCUGCCCUGCGAUGCUAGCAUCCUCCCCUUGAUCAUCGUCACCGACCAUGACGCUGUCCUCAUGAACGAUGCGUCCAUGUUCUUCAACAACAUGAGGCACAAGGCGCUGCAUGACCGACUGGAGGAGCUGCUAUCCCAGGGCAAGGACGAUGAGCUGGACCCUAAGAAGCCCGACAACCUCCGGCCGCUCUGGAUAUGCAUGUUCCACUGGAAGCGCGCCGUCAAGCAGUAUCCCAUGACUGCUGCCGGCUUCAAGGAGCUGCCUCUCUCGGAGCGCAAAUGGUGGUCCUUUGUGUCCACCAUCUUCCUGGCGCACCCAUCGCACGACCCGCGCUUCUACGGGCCGGACAAGUACCCCGCUAUCAAGAGGUAUCUGCAGGACACCGCUGAGCUCAUGCGGAUGCCGCGCCUGCAGGUGGGCAAGUGGUUGUUCACCGACGAGGGCGAGACCACCUUGAACCCCAGUGGGCUGUACGGCGUCUAUGUGCGGCGUGCGACGCCCGAUGACUACGCCAGCGCAGCUAGGCCCUGUGACUUCGUGGCAGAGGUGCCAAUGGCCCGGAAAGCAGAUGGCACACCCUUGCGCGUGCGCAUCACCAACAAGGGCGCAGAGCUGGACGCGGACAGCGCCUGCUAUGACGGAGAGGAAGACGAUGCGGGUGCCUUCAGCUACGGCUUGUCAGGACAGGCGACUGAGGACGGCCUGGAGUACGUGGUCAACCCCUUCUACUCCCCCGCGCUGGCGGACUAUGUAGACCUGUGCGCUACAACCAAGGUCUUCUGGACGCCGCUUCUUUUCCCCUUCAUCCCCGCUUUAGACAACGAGUUCGCGCGCAGCGGCACGCGCCCGCCUAGAUGGGUCCGCACCGGGCGCACCAACGAUACGUCCGAGGGCGCGGCGAGCCUCGCCAAGAACAUCGACCACACCACGCCACAGGUCCCCUUGGACCGGUACGUCGUUGACAGUUACGAAGUCAUCACCAGCCUGACGUCUGUCACGAUGAACGACAUCAUGCUUAAACACCAGUCAGCGCAUGGGAACCGCCGGACGAUGGCGGCACUCAACAAGCGUGUCACCGCAGCACAUGCAGCGGUGGGCAAGCACACGGAGGACGUGGCGGCUGCCGAGGAGGCAACCCAGGCACGGGUGGAGGCUGACUUGCCAGCGCGGGCGGCACAGCCCGAGUCGGGCGACGACGGCCUGCCAGGCGUCGUGGCGGGUGCAGUGACAACUUGGCAGAAAGGCAAGCGUAGCAGCAAGACCCAGCCGGCCCCCACUGUACCGGCGCGCAAGACGCCAGCUGCCAACCAGAACAAAGCCC